UGUCAAGGUUGAUUGAAUGGUUCUUUACGAUAAGAUUUAUUUACGAGAUAAUUUUAGUAAAUUAAUUUAAUAUUUAUAGGUUUACUUGGUUUAUAUACUUACGUGUUUGUUAUUUGUACUUGAAUUAGUUAUCUACCUGCCAGCAUGACCUCUAUGAGUCCAAAUCACCCUUUUAUUGUGUGGGGAGCAUGCUUCCUAUGGCUUGCGUCAAUGUUUGCCAUAACUUGGUCACUGCUUUUAUUCUUUUGUGUUGGUGAUAUUCUGAUGUUAACUGGCACAGACGUCGUUAACGCGAUUGUGUUACUAUCUGGAAUUAUAAUGCUCCCAACUAACGUACAUAUUUUGUGCUCUAUAGCAAACGGUAGACGGAUUGAUUAUAAGUCUAAAGUGGUUUGCUGUCCAUUGUGGCUAUGCAUUGUAUGGAUAAUAAUAAUAAACAUGUUGGGAGCUGCGUGUUGCAUUCAAAAGAUUUAUUUUGGAAAAUAUCCAACCCUUGAAAAUAUAAGCAGGACUAUAAAGCAUUACCGGAGUGUUCCAAGAUAUAAACAUUUUGUUGACAACUUACAGUGGUCCUUGAAAUGUUGUGGGCUUAAUUCGUAUAAAGAUUGGUUUAACCAUGAUUGGUAUGAUAAGAUACGUGACUAUGAAUGGGAUCCGACUGCUAACAGACGUAAUGGCUACAAGAGAAGAGAGUUGGAAACUUUGUCAGACAGCGUUCCACUGAGUUGCUGUAAAAGUGGGUCGUGCAUAUCGAAUUAUUUGCUAGAAUUAGGAACUCACUCAAUUAACACUAAAGGAUGUGGGAAUUUAAUGUAUCGCAUUAUAUUGUCCUCAAUGAUAGCUCACCUUAUUAUGUUUAUAUCUGUAAUUAUAGUGGAGAUUUUAAUUCUAAAGUAUAUAAUUCAAAAUAGUCCUUGCCCUCAAGAUAAAAAGCCGGUGAAUAUGAAUGUACGACACAUAAUGUCCGUGAAUGAUCGAUUCGCCUCCAGCAACUCACUUCAAAUGAAUCCUGAUGAUACUGAUUAUGAGAAUGAAGUUCAUCUUGGAGAUGUGCGAAUGGAUGGUUCAGGAUUAACGGUAGUUAAUCGAGCUGUUGAAGAUGAAGAUUCAGAAAGUGGGAAGGAGUCGAAAAAAUGGAGAUAUGACGAUGAUUAGUUUGUAUGUACUUUAUUGUGACUUCUAAGACGAUUUUAUUAA